UUCACAUCAAUUCCAUUUCAUAAGCAGACAACGAAGGUUUUUUGGGCGCAUAGAAAAAUAUAAGGAAAAUUAUAAAUAAAAAUUUUGCAAACAGGAAAAUUAUAAAAGGUGUUGUGAUUUUUUAACACUGAUUUACGUAGUAUAUUAUAGUUAAACAACACGGGAAUUGUGAGUGAUUAAAAAAGCAAAAGAUUGAAUUUAAUAAAAGAAAUUAUACACAAUGGCUUCUGGCGGUUUAACAUGUGUAAAAUAUUUAACAUUUUUUUGCAAUUUAUUAUUUGCCCUGUCGGGCAUCUUAAUCUUGCUAGUGGGAGCCAUGGUCCAGUUCAAUUAUUCUCACUAUUCGAAUUUUGUUAGUGACCAUAUAUGGACAGCUCCCAUAAUACUAAUGAUUAUAGGUACUAUUGUCGCAUUUAUAUGCUUUUUGGGCUGUUGUGGAGCUUUAAAAGAAAACAGUUGCAUGAUUUUAUCGUUCGCCAUAUUGGCCUUAAUUGUGUUUUUCUUUGAGAUUGGUUUAGGUAUAGCUGGCUAUAUCAAACAUGCCGGUCUGCAACAGAUUAUGGAGGUACAAUUUAAUAAUACUAUGAAAUAUUACAACGAGCGAGAACACUAUCGUGAUGGCUGGACUCUAUUGCAAACAGAGUUGGAUUGUUGUGGUACUUAUGGACCUGCUGAUUGGGAAGCUAUUUUCCCAAAUAAAACUAUACCUUCAUCUUGUUGUCCCAUCAUUAAUCUUAAUGAAGCUGAAGUUUGCACUGUUGCUCAUGCUAAUAACGAUGGUUGUUUUCACAAACUUUUGCAUAUUUUGGAUUCAAAGACUCUAGUUUUAGCUGGUGUAGUAUUAGGUGUGGCUGGCAUUCAGGUACUUACAAUCCUGUUUGCCUGCUGCCUUUAUCGGUCCUUUCGUAGGAGCUACCAGACAGUUUGAAUUACGUAGUCAGGAUCCUUUGUGUCGCAUUUAAAAUUCAAGUCAACUUAAAGGCUCAAGUCUGAAUGUACAACAAAACAACUAGCCGAGAAAAGACACACUCUUUUUUUUACAGGAUUUACAAAAUAUAAAACUGACAAAGAACAAAUUUUAAAAGCAUUUAAACAAAAUAAACUAACAAAUGAAAAUAAAAUCACAAUUUCACUUACAUAGACAUAAAAACAAAAUUAUCAUCACUAAUACACCAUAAACCCUUAAAAGUUUAAAUGCAUACAUAGAUCUACAUACAUACCUACCUACAUGCAUUCAUUCAUUCAUUCAUACUUAUUAGAACGUCCUUUGACGUUUAUACACUGUACUUUGUAUGUAUGAGAAUAUGCCACAACAUUUUUAUUUGAUUUUUUACUGUAAUCUGUUUGUAAUUCUAUAGUUAUACAUUUUUUUAUAGACUUUUUAUUUUUUUUGAUAUCCUUUUUUAUAUAGACUUUAAAUAUACAUUUGUGUAUGAAAGUAUGAUAAUACUUAUAUACCAUAA